AUGGAAGUGCGAUUCCUGUUCGUAUGCGAUUGUUUGAAGCCAUGGCGCGGGAUCGUUGUAGCCUUUCACAGUACUUUCGCUCAGCCGUGGCAUUCCUCUGCCUCUGCCUCUGCCUCCACCCUUCGUCUCGGUGCAGCUCGCACCGAAACGUUAAUUUAUUCGAUGCCUAUCACGGGGUCGGUCUCGGCAUUGCAGCUGACAGUCGCUGCCUCACCGUCGAACUCAACGAGACACGGUGAUCGCCGAGUGAUCGCCUCGAUGGCUGCGCUAGUCAUUUCGGCCCAACCCGAUUAUCGUAUCGAAUCGACGAGUGCAAAGUUCGCAUUUCGACCGACUGAGUCAUGA